AAACACACUUAGUUGUAAUAUUACACAAAAAAACUAAUCAGUUUUGUAUUAUCCAUUUUUGUUACUUUUACUGUGUAGCUGUUGACCUUUUGGAGAAAAUGCUUGUGCUGGACACGGAUAAGAGGAUUACAGCAGCAGAAGCUUUGGCUCAUUCAUAUUUCUCUCAGUAUCAUGAUCCAGAUGAUGAACCUGAAGCAGAUCCUUACGAUCAGUCAUUUGAAAGCCGAGAUCUUGAAAUAGAAGAAUGGAAGAGAUUAACCUAUGAAGAAGUACUCAGCUUUGUGCCACCUGAGCUACAAGUCGAGUGUAUGGACUUGGCACCAUGAAAACCUUACUUCUGUCCUAAGAUCCUUUUAUAUUGCAUCACUGUGAGGACUUAACCAGUUCGACUGAUUUGUUCUUUCCAAUAUUAUCAAGUGCCUAUCACGGUCUUGAUGACGGAUUGUUUGUGGGUGAGGGCAAAAUAGAACUUUUAUAACAAUUCUUCUACGGCCUGCAUGUUUUGCUAAAUCCUGGGCAGUUGCCAGCUUUUUCUAUAUUACUGUUAUCAUCCACUGUGAACUUGGGUUUGUUUGCUAACUAUAUCCCUUGCAAGCACUUGUAUUGGAACUGGUAAACUUUGUGUAUUUGUAUGCCUUAUUUUCAAAAUUGCAUACUAUUUUAAAUGUUCAAUUCAUGUACGGAAACCACCCAUCCUAAAAGAAAUCUACAUGCAGUAAUUGUUACUUUUUAUAAAAAGUACAAAUGGGAUGUACAUUAAUUUAUAGAUAUAUUUGCUGUUUACAGCAUAAAGGGGUGAUUUGUUUUUAUUGUGAUUUCAUUUUAAAAUCCUACUUGACUCUGUUCAGCAAUACUACUACAACUAAAAGGGCGCAUGUCUUCACUGUUUAUGUUAGAAUGGGAAUGUUAUAGCACAGAUUCAAGAUUUAGGUAAAUUUACUUAUUUGUAUUAAAAUGCUUCACUUUUGUGUAAGGUCAAGUAGAAUUAUGAAAAAUAUUUUCCAUACAUUAAUAACUACUCAAGCUGUUCGAUCUACCUGUAGAGUUCUUGUAAUUGGACUGUGACUUGCCAGGUGUGACAUUGUAGUAAAACCAUAAAACUAUUCCGAAAUAAAUUCGAAUGCUUUUACAAAAA